UCUGCGUUCUUGAGGUACCGUGCUGGUAGCUUGCCACAGAGAUCUCCAAUAGAGGCAUUGCUCUCUGAUGGUGGAAAACAUCUGAUGGGUUAGGGUUUUGACUUCCGGUCGAGAUUGAUACGAGUCAUGGCUUUCUCUUCAUGGUGGAAAACGUCUGGGUUUAGGGUUUAGGGUUUUGAUGUCCCUUUUACCGCAGUCCGAGAGCAGAACGUUAGCGGGGAUUAGCUGGUCCAAACAGAACAGCGGUCUGCGUUAAAAUCGACUGAACUAACCGACACGUAUCAAAAUUCAACAUUCUUUUGCAGCUCAUCUCCCACGCAAAUGAUAAAUUAUACACAUCCCUUUUCACCCGAUCUUUUCUUACACUCGGUGCAUUUGUUCUCCCUUUUUCCUCCCCACGUGCUGCCCUGCUUCUUCUCGCCGGAAUCCUCCCCCUUCUCCGGCGAUAUGACGAGUUUCGUCGCGCGGGCGUUCACCCUCGCCUCCAGAUCUACUUUUCGUUCUCCGCAUCCGAUCUCCGCCGCUCUCCAGUGGGUGCCGCUGCCGCUGGCUGCGACAGUCACCUCUCCUCUUAUUCGUCCGGUUAUUCCGCUGGCGUCGUUCUUCUCCUUGCUUCGCUUCGCUCCGCUUGGGGAAUCGCGCCCCGCGGGGUCGCUCGGAGGGUUCCUUGCGAACUCUAAUAGGGGGUACCGGAAGCCAAGGCGGAGACCGGCGGCGAAGAGGCAGGCGCCGAAGGAGAAGCCUUUGGAGCUCGAUAUCAAGAUCUGUAUCGAAGAAGACUUGCCCGACGAUCCCGAAAUCAUGGCCAUUGCAGAGACACUGAGAUUGGAUGUUCCCAUGGCAAUGAACGUUGCAUUUCAUAAUAUCAGAGACUUGGAAUAUAAAACCAGGGAAACUUCUAUAAAUGAUGUUAAUAAGUUUGAAAAGAUUGAGUUAUCAGUAUUGCUUUGCAAUGAUGAUUUUAUCCAAAAACUAAACAAAGACUGGAGAGAUGAGGACCAUGCUACUGAUGUUCUUUCUAUGUCGCAGCACGUUCCUGAACUUGAUCUUCCCAUACUAUUGUUGGGAGAUAUAGUAAUUUCUGUUGAAACAGCUGCAAGACAAGCAGAGGAGAGAGGUCAUGCACUUCUUGACGAGAUAAGAAUCCUCAUGGUUCAUGGCUUAUUGCAUCUUUUGGGCUUCGAUCAUGAGAUUAGUGAUGAGGCGGAAGCAGAAAUGGAGAACGAAGAGGAAUUGGUUCUGAAGAAUCUUGAGUGGAAGGGAAAAGGUCUAAUAAAAAGUGCAUAUGAUGCUAUAGCUGAUGAAGUCCUUCAAGCAGAAAGUUCAGACGGUUGGAAUUAAUGUGAACGCCUUACUUCUGGGAAUAAUUCUGUAUUUGCAGAAGCUGCUUUAUCUCGACAUGCCUGAGACGGUGUCAUCUACCUCACAGCCAUAUUGGUUUGAAGCAACAGGAUUAGUGCACAUAGUAUCAAGGCACUGCCAGAUAUGGUUGAAAUCAUCCCCUCUGGAACUUCAAAAUGUAGUGGGGAAAAAGUGCUGCUGGAUCGCCUUGGAAUUACCACAAAAGAGAUCAUGACCUGGCAAUGGAGAAAAUGACAGAGAUGCUACAGCUAGCAUCACUGGGCAUUGCCCUGGGAAACGGGUCAGAAAGGGCUAAAGCUGUGGCAGAUGUGAUUGGAGCCACCGAUUACCAGGAUGGCACUGCAGAAGCUAUAUACCAGUAUGCUCUCUGAUACAAAUCCUAGUGUAAGAUGUCGGAUGGUCAUGCCAUCUUUUUCAUUAGUGAGAUAUAUCAUGCCAUUUAACCAUGCUUAAAUUUUUGCAUGUUAAAUAGAAUGAUUGUAGCAGAAGAAAGAGCAAAAGAGAACCUUUUUAUUGGUUGAACCUCGAGUCAUUUGAGCUCUGUGGAACUAUUAUUUUGAGCUAAGAAUUGUUAUCAAGCUUUUUUCCUGUAAAAGUAGAGAAGGGAAAACGGAAAUAUCAAGUCUUGAAAGACAUAUUUGCAAACGGGCAGUUAAACAAAGCUUAACUGCGAUUGGGCAAUAUUCUACAGAUUACAUAUCAAUUUUUCUCUGUUUGAGAUGUCACUCUACAGAAAAGAAUUUAUUGUACAAUUGUAAUAAAACCCACUGAAUACAGUGUGAUGUUCAGAGAAAUGGACUGAUUCUCUGGGACAACCUGAACUAGUGGCUUUUUUAUUCAUAGAACUAUUGCACAAAAAAAAGGAGCAUAGCAAAUUUGCUACCUAAUUUCUCCUAUCA